AAAUAAUAAAAAAAAAAAGAAAAACCAAUAAUCCACCCGCUAUAAAAAAUUCCCCUCAGAUUUUCUCGGCAGCCAAACAAAUUAAACAGCCACCGAACCCAAAUAUGGAUUCCCAAAUUCCGACCGGCGACGACUUCAUUUUCCGAUCAAAACUCCCGGACAUUUACAUCCCCGACCACCUCCCUCUCCACACCUACUGCUUCGACCGCCUAUCCCAAUUCCAACACCGCCCAUGCCUCAUCAACGCUGCCACCGGCCACGUCCACACCUACGCCGCCGUCCACCUCACCGCCCGCCGCGUUGCCGCCGGCCUCGCCAACAUCGGCAUCAGCCAAGGCGACGUCAUCAUGAUCCUCCUCCAGAACAGCCCCGAGUUCGUUUUCGCCUUCCUCGGCGCUUCCUACGGCGGGGCCAUCAGCACCACCGCCAACCCGCUGUACAAGCCGGCGGAGAUCGCGAAGCAGGCCAGGGCCGCCAACGCUAAGGUUAUAAUUACUCAGUCCGCGUUCGUGGACAAGAUUAAGGGCUUCGCGGAGGAACGCGGCGUCAAAAUUUUGUGCACCGAUUCGCCGCCGGACGGUUGCCUGAGCUUCUCGGAGCUGACGGAGGCGGACGAAAACGACAUUCCGGCUGUGAAGAUCAACUCGAACGACGUGGUUGCGCUGCCGUACUCCUCCGGCACCACCGGAAUUCCUAAAGGCGUUAUGCUUACGCAUAAAUCUCUCGUCACCAGCGUCGCCCAGCAGGUGGACGGAGAGAAUCCGAAUCUAUAUUUCAAGAGUAAGGACGUGAUCCUGUGCAUUCUGCCGUUGUUCCACAUCUACUCUCUAAACUCCGUUCUGCUCUGCGGACUACGUGUCGGCGCAGCCAUUCUCAUCAUUCAGAAAUACGACAUGUCGUCCCUCCUCCACCUCAUCCAGGCCCACAAGGCCACCGUGGCCCCCUUCGUCCCUCCCAUCGUCUUGGACCUCGCCAAGAAUCCGGACAUCCACCGUUACGACUUGUCGUCCAUAAGAAUCGUCAUGUCGGGCGCCGCACCCCUCGGCAAGGACCUCGAGGACACGCUCAAGGCCAGACUCCCCAACGCCAACCUUGGACAGGGAUAUGGAAUGACGGAGGCAGGGCCAGUGCUAUCGAUGUCUUUAACAUUUGCGAAAGAACCUAUGGCGGUGAAAUCAGGUGCGUGUGGGACUGUGGUAAGAAAUGCGGAGAUGAAGAUUAUCCACCCUCAAACCGGUGCCUCUUUGCCACGUAAUCAACCUGGCGAGAUCUGCAUACGUGGCUCCCAGAUCAUGAAAGGCUACCUUAACAACAAAGAAGCCACGGAGGAGACGAUAGACAAAGAUGGGUGGCUCCACACAGGCGACUUAGGGUUCAUCGACGACGACGACGAGAUCUUCAUCGUCGAUCGGCUGAAGGAACUGAUCAAAUACAAAGGGUACCAAGUAGCCCCAGCUGAGCUUGAAGCUCUCUUGACUUCAAACCCUAACAUUGCUGCUGCUGCUGUUAUACCUAUGAAAGAUGAAGCUGCGGGAGAGAUCCCUGUUGCAUUUGUUGUUAGAUCUGGAGGUUCCAAGAUUAGUGAGGAUGAAAUCAAAGAGUAUGUUUCAGAGCAGGUGAUAUUUUACAAAAAGAUCAGAAAGGUAUUCUUGGUGGACUCAAUUCCAAUUGCUCCUUCAGGCAAGAUUUUGAGGAAAGUUUUAAGGGAUCAGUUGCAGGCUGGUGCCUUCUGAAAUUAAAUUAUUGCCUCCACAUAACUUUUUUAAUCUCUCUCUAAAACAAUGUUAUGAGGAGAGAGAGAGAUAAAGCAUUGAAGAAACAGGGGAUUUCUCUUAAAUUUGUUGUUGUUAGUAAAUAUUUGAAACUCUGAACUUUAAAAACGAAUAUAAAUUAAUAUUGUUAUGAGUUAUGUUCAUGAUUUG